AUGUUCUGGAACUUUCUAAAGAAUUUCGGCGAUGCGAAGGUCCUGAAGCUGAAGCUGGAGUGCCCCAUCGAUUAUGUUGCGGUACCGGACAGGGAGAGAUUCAGGGAGCUCCUAGGUGAGACGUUGUUCAAUGUCGAGCACCUUGAGAUCGAUGCACGACACAACCCCACGAGAAAGGAUGCGGCUGUGGCAAUAGGAAACUUGCUCCAGUGCUGCCCUGUUAUUCUUGACCUCUGGCUCAAGCUGAACACUGCUGACCAACCUAGGAGAAGCAGAAGCAGAAACAGCAGGAGCACUUUUCUGAAAAACAAAGCUCAGUUGGAGUUUCACAAGUCUGUUGAUCAUUUCAGGCACCGCAAAGAUCGUCCAGUGAUUCCCUUGUGUGGUGAUGAUGACAAAGUUGAUGUUGUUUCUGAUAUUCCUGGUUUGAGCGAUAGAUUGUUCCCCUUCAGCUGUCUGCGAUUCCAUCUAAGGAAAUUGAGCCUGCAGUUUCAGAUGGAUAAGCCUGACUGUGUCGGCGUCCAACUAGCCAAAUUCUUCGUCGAGAGAGGAAUGGCCCUUGAGGAAAUGUACAUUGACGACGGGAACAUGAGACUGUGGGAGCACAUGAAUUGCAGGAUUAGUGGAUAUGCAGCCAGUCCUCAGCGUUCUUCAGAGCACCAUGUCAUAGCGAGAAUGUCACAAGUGCUUAGCGUAAACCAAUUCAGUUCCUCAAAGAUUAGUGGGUGGUUUCACCACUGCAGACUAGAAGUAAGGCAAACACACCCUUGGAGCGCAGUGAGUAGAAGCUUUACAAUCUUACCAUUGGCAGAUGCAUGA